UAAUUUAAUUUGGAAAGAGAGGGAGACGGAGCAUCCGAAAGAGGGGAAGACGAUGACCAUGGAAAGAGAGAGCAUCAAUGGCGUUCCUGAGGUCACAGCAGUAUCGACACUCAACGUUAUCGAUCUCUCCGGCUCCGACACCCACCGCUCCGUCUCUUCUCUCAAGCAGGCUUGUCUGGACUGCGGGUUCUUCUACGUGAUAAACCACGGAAUCAGUGACGAGCUCAUGAAGGAGGUGUUCGAUCAGAGCAGGAAGGCGUUCGCUCUGCCUCUGAGCGAGAAGAUGAAGCUUCUGAAGAACGAGAAACACCGCGGUUACACUCCUCUCUUCGACGAGCGUCUCGAUCCCGUCAACCAAUUGAACGUAGCAGGAGAUUACAAGGAGGGAUACUACAUUGGCAUUGAAGUACCCGAGGAUGACCCCAGGGCGCAAGAGCCAUAUUACGGACCCAAUGUUUGGCCUGAUGAAGAUGUAUUACCUGGUUGGAGGCAGUGUAUGGAGAAAUAUCACCAGCUAGCAUUAGAUGUGGCAAAAGCAGUAUCAAGGCUAAUAGCCCUUGCACUUGAUUUGGAGAUCGAAUAUUUCAAUAAGCAGGAAAUACUAGGGGAGCCAAUUGCCAUAUUGCGCUUGCUACACUAUGAAGGUCGGGUCUCUGAUCCUUCAAAGGGAAUAUAUGGAGCCGGGGCACAUUCUGAUUUUGGCUUUAUAACACUACUGGCAACAGAUGAUGUCUCAGGUCUCCAAAUAUGCAAGGAUAAGGAUGCUGUACCUCAGAAAUGGGAAUAUGUUGAACCAGUAAAAGGAGCAUUUGUAGUCAAUCUCGGGGAUAUGCUAGAGCGCUGGAGCAACUGCAUCUUCAGGUCCACACUGCACCGCGUCAUAAUAGGUGGUCAAGAGAGAUAUUCUAUUGCAUACUUUGUGUUACCCAAUCAUAAUUGUCUUGUUGAGUGCUUGCCGACCUGUAGAUCAGAGGAGAACCCUCCCAAGUGAUACAGCAAGUAUACUCGGUAUCUGGGUACUUCUUGGCCUGAUCUGGACUAGAUUCUGUGCAUUCACUUCUCUGCACCAAGUCCUAUAUAGAUACCACUCGUUGAAUACAAGGAAAUGAUGAGGCCUAGGACGAGAAGCGUGGAUCCUCCGCAUGUGCUGCUGGGAAUUUCGUUUCUCCAGCUUAGCCUUUCUUAUCAGUGGGAUUUAAAUUCUAUUAUACUAAGCAUAGACAUACUUCAAUGAUCUUAGGUGGUUCCACGAUCAUGUAUGGGACCUGGAACAACGAGGCAGCCUUUAUGUUCUAAUAAAACUGCACCUGUUCCUUUUUC